CUUCUGGCAGUUGGACUUUCAGCCACUGAGACUCAGGAUGCGAAGGAUUUUUAACUAAGGUCCCUAGCUUAUGGCUCAGGAGCAGGCCCUGGCAGGUGGUGACGUGUGCAUGUGAGGGAGGGUACAUGUGCACAGCUGUGAGUUCCCCACCACACAGACAUACUGGGCAUUGUAGACACAGCUGGACUGGUAAGGUCCACCUGAUGCGGGGGGCGGGAAGCUAGGCUUCUACUGGGCUACCUACAUGUUUCUGGAAAGUCAUUUGGUACCAUCAAGAGUCUUUUAGUUUAUCUGAGGUCUUGGAUCCAUUUAACUCACAUAUGGGAAUACAAAGAGAUUUAUGGACAGUUCAUUGAGAAUUUAGUUACUGAAACAAUAACUACCACCUAGCAGUCCUUACUUCCUGAGAUAAGGGAAAACUGAGACUGGAGCUGGCAACUACAUGGCACAUUCUUCCAGCAGAAGCAACCCUACUGACAUGGAAGAUUGCAGCUCAGAAUCAAACCUGAGCCUCUCUGUGGGCCACUUCCCCUGUGAGGACAUCUCCUAUGAGAACACAAUCUCCUACGAAGACACGUCAUCUGAGGGUCCCUUGAUCCUGCCCUUUGUCCCUCCGAUUCAAGGGACAUGGUGGACUGAAGGGGCAGGGAGACUUGUAGGGAAACGAGACCAAGUUCAGGACAGCCCAGAGCAGUUCUGCAAACUAAGCAUCAGUCUGGCCUGGGAUAUUGAUGUGGGAGCUCACCAUGCAGACCCCAUAGCUCAUCUGGACCAAAUCAGAGACACCCAGUGGGUAGAAAAGCAUCCUAACAGGGGGACACAACUGACUCUCAGCAAACUCCAUAAUCUUGUGCAAAAGCUUGACAGAUUUCUAGAAAAUCUGAAAGAUGAAGAAGAUGAUGUCUCUGUGUUCCCUGAAUCUGCUCUGGAGGAAGAUUCCCAGCUGUCCAGCAGUUCCCUUCCAGAUAUGGUCCAGACCAGCCAUCAGGAACACAAUGUUUGUCAAGAUCUGUCCAACCUCAACCCACUGGAAAAGGAAGAGGUUAUGCAGCCUCCUCAGAGGUUUUCAUGGCUCCAGGAGCAGGAACUUGUUGUGAGGUCAAGUCAGGCCACUGGAAACCGAAGAACAAGCAUCAGGGAGUCCUCGCUUUCAUCAGGUCAGCUGGAGCGGGAGGAUGCCCAGGGCCACACACAGACCGGGUCCUGCCUGAACUUCAGAUGGUGAAACUGAUUCCAAGGCUUAACGACAGACCUGAGGCAUCACAGCUUGUGGGCAAAGAAGUCAGAACUUGAGUUUCAACAUUUUGGGUCAAAUCUCUUUUACUAAAGUCACUCUAAAAGUCUCCUUUUUAGGACACUGGUUUAUUAAUUUGUUAAAGGUUCAUGUCACCGACAGCAAGAUCAAGCUGAGUCUACACCACGUGGCCCAAUCGUUGGUCCAGGGUUCACUAACAUGUGGGAAAAUACCACUGGCCACAGCCAACUGAACACACCCCGAGACUGGCUGUGAUCUGCGGUGAAUCUCCCUCCCAACCUAUCACCAAAGACUCUGGGUAACAGGAUUUUGUUGGCAAAAUGCCUGGCAAGACUUGAGUGCCGUAUAUAUAAAAUUGCUACUUUGCUUUGUGUGAAAGGAUCCAACAUUGCCAUGUCCCUCAGAGCUCUCCCCGAACUUAGCGAGUAAAGCAUUUCAACCACCGAGAGUUCCCAGUGACUCACCCCGGGAGGGCCAGGCCAGGGACACACGGACAAAUGUUUCCCUUCAUCCUGCCUUUGAGUUUCAGUUUAGGGUGAUGCAAGUGGGAAAAUAUUUUUGCUAGGCUUCACCAUCCUUAAAAAAAGAAACUAGCUUUAUUGUUUUAAAAAACAGAUCUGAAAACGCCUAUCAAUAUCAGAUACAGAAUGACAUGGCUGAUAGCAGUAAU